UAUUGUUGGGUGUGCUGUUGUUUUUUUGAUAAUUUUUUUUUUCGUUGAAUUUUUGAUUAUUUGGAUAUUUAACGUGACGGGGGAUGAUAAAGUGAGUUUGCCUGGUGGGUUUGAGGGGUGGUAAGGGAGUAGCACUGCACUGACGUGAAAAAACAUGGGGAAUAGGACGUUAAUAUUUUCGAUUGACAAAUUGCAAUGAAUUUCCCACCGUUUGGCAGCCACUUUCCUGGCACCAUCCCCAGCAUACAUCAGUUUGCCACGGACGGUUCCAGUGGUGCAACAUCACGAUACGCCAAUCAUUUUCCCAACCAGCCUCCCAUCGGAGUGCCGGUUGUUGGAAAAUACCGUCCAGAGGUUAAUGGUACGCAGACGAGUCAGAGUCAGGGGAUGAUGAACAAUAAGAGUGGUUAUCCCAAUAGUAAUCUACAUCAUUAUACUAAUGCACCGUACUCGCAAGCACAACCCAUUCAGCAGAGGCCAUCCAAUUCACCGGGGAUGCAGGAGAAAAGGGCUUACCAUCAGGACGUAUGCAACCUCCUGCAGGAGAAAGACAAGAGCAAAGAGAAAAAGAGCGAUGAGCAGAGGAAUGGAGACUCUUCCGGAACGCCAAACGGCAGCCAGCAAGACUACUCCAUCCAUCAGCACCAUCAGCAGCACGCGCACACCCAAACCCCAGCAUCAAUGCCAGCAACCUGGCAAUCCCUGGCGACACCAGGCUCAACAGUAGCUGAUUAUCUGUCCCACCUGCCAGCCAGUACCCUUCCUCUGAGUCUCCAUCAUUUCCUCAAAUAUUCCGCCGAGAGCAUAAAAAAAGAGAGCGAGAUGCAGGCGCAAACUACCUCGGUAGCAGUUGCUACAACAACAACACCAAACAUUAUGAUGUCUCCAAAUAACAAGAAGAAGAAAAAAAAGAAGGCACCCAAAGAGAAAAAACCACGUCCAAAACCUGGGGAAAUUAGACUGACAACAGCACUCGAUGGCUCGACUCUCUACUGCUGUCCUGAGUGUCACAUGGCGUAUCCUGAACGCGAACUCCUCGAGCAGCAUCUGCUGGGUCACACACUCGAGCGCAGAUUUGUCUGCGAUAUAUGUGGGGCUGGACUUAAACGCAAAGAUCACUUGACACGCCAUAAGCAGAGCCACAAUCCAGAGAGGCCAUACGUCUGUACAGUUUGUUUGAAGGCUUUCAAGAGAAAGGAGCAAUUGACACUGCACUUUGUUAUUCAUUCCGGUGAGAAGAGACACGUCUGCACCGAGUGUGGGAAGGGGUUCUAUCGCAAGGAUCAUCUGAGGAAACACACUAGGAGUCAUAUUGCCAGGAGGGUCAAGGCUGAACUCAGUCAGAAUGCUGGAGGUCAGCAAAAUCAGCAGCAGAACAACGUGUCGAAUAUGCAAACGACGACAGUGUCAGCCUCGUCUGUUCUUCCUGGUGGGCAUCCAGGGCCCCUCCUGUCCUGAGUGCCACCACCAGGGAACUUUCAAGUUCCCCACCCUAACAAUGUCAUUUCCCACUCACCGAGUCACCAUCCACUUCAUCACCACCAUCAUUUGGCUGCGGUUAAUGCCGCUGCACACCAGGCGGCUGUUGGUACAACUCACUAUCAGGGACAUGAGCUCGGUUUCCUCAAUCAUGUCAAAGAUUUCUGAGGGUCACUGUUGGCUUCACUCUCUGCUGUCUUCGAUUCUUGACGUAAGAUUUAGGGAAUCACUCUCUGUUUUUGUUUUUCGUCGAGUUACGAGUCUUUAUUUUCUUUCAUUCAUGUUUCGAUAGCAUUUCAGGGAAUCGCAGGUCGAGAACACCUUGAUUUUCAUUCACUUUCACUAAUUGUUUCAAUUCUUUUGUGGAUAUCCAAGCAAAAUAUUCUAGGCGUCAAAACAUGUCUGUACGGUAAUUUAAUCCUGGAAUUAAAUCAAACGAAAGAAUCCGUUAUUUUAGGAUCGAGAGUUUUUCUGAAUGUGAAAAAUCUGCUUUCUCUAGUGCAAAUGUAUUCUACAUUUUGAAUUCUUAGAAAAAAUAAAACUUUUAUGGAGAAUUUUAGGGAACAGCAGUGAGUAUUUUUCUUGGAGGUCCACAAUUAAUUUCCUUCCAAAGAAGAGUAAAAGUAAAGCUCAUUGAUGACGAAAUGACGAAAGAGGAUAGAGUUAAAUGCCUGUUGCAAGAGUCUUGCCAUAAAUGUCACGUAAAGAAAAGAUAAUAUUUUUAUGAUAGUUCCAUAAUAGAUCAUCGCAGAAUGAUUUUAUUCUCCAUUUGGUAAAGUAUAAAAAAAAAUCGAUGGUGAAUUGAGCGAAUAAGUUGCAAUAACCGAAUGAAAAAUCGUCACUCAUUCCUCAUUUUUUAUGUGUAUUAUCCAUAGCAGUAUUUUUAGUAAUGACAGAGUAGUUCCAAAACACCUUACCGGCGGCUUUUAUACAUAUAUACAUACAAAUAUAUAUAAAUACAUAUUAUAUAAAUACUCAUAUUGGUAUAUAUUUGUAUUGCGCUUACGAACGUUGAUUCGUGCAUUUUUUUCUUUCGUAUCGCUGAAAUGCAAAAUGGUGUAGCAAAAUUUUAGAAAAUUUUAAUGAUGUUUUUCGUUGAUACAAUUUUGUUUUCCUUCUUCGCUUUAUUUUCUUACACUUUAUUUUUUGAAGUAGAUCUCUUUAACGAACGUUGAUCACUUAUCAUAUUUUUUUUAUUAUUAGAUAAUAACUCCAUGGGCAAAUUAAUGAAAAAUUAGAAUCUCACAUUUAAAAAAUCAAAUAAUUAGUUACUAAUCUUUGGAAUUUUCGAUCAAUUCCUCGACAAGCACUGACACAUUUUUAUAUUUUUCUUUGCCAAUUCAUACGCGUCUGGUUGUGAUCGUCCAUUUAUUACUCCUCACGGUAAUUUGCAUUCGAUAGUCUAUAAUUUAGUGUAAACAAGCUGGAAAUAUUGUGCCAUCGCUCAUUAUAAUUUCCUCACGAAUGAUUUAUCGAUUAUAACCGGAUCAGCUGUUUCAAUAGCAGAAUAUGAUAUUCGUAGGGGAUAAGUAGCUAAACUGGCUGUACGAGAGAGAUAAAUUCGUCUUAAACUCAUUUGAGACGUAAUUAUCGGUUUUAAAAUGCUCUCUCACAUUCAAACCAGAGAGAAAACAAAAAAUCAAUGGCAAUUCAGGUUUUCGUCAGACCUCAAGUAUAUAAAGAAAAAAAAAAGUAUAAGUCAGAUUGUACUAUGAAGCACGUACUAAUAUUAGAGGGGAGGUAAGCAUACAUAAUGUAAAGUUUAUAAAUAAUAAGGGGAUGAGUAUUCGAAGUAAUCAAUCGCCACCGUAAUAGCAUAAGGUGAACAAGUUUGUAUACAAGAUUUAAAGGAAAAGAAAAAUGUUAGCGUUUACUUAAGAUAGCGUUACGAUUUAAAUAAAUAAUAAGCCAUGAAAGUGAAGAGUGCGAAUGGUGAAUGAGUACUCUUUAAGUCGAUUAGCUUUACGAGUGAACAUUUCUUGUUGAAUAUUCACACGGAAGAGGGAAAAGUCCAAUUUUUACGUUGAUGUGUUUUUUUUUUUUGUUUUUUUUCAUUUCAACAAUGUUCGUAUUUUCUACCUGAAUUUCAUUUCUGAUGAGAAACUGCGGAGUAUUUUUGGUAUAAUUGAAGUAGAUGUGCUUGGUAUUCCAUUAGUCUUUCAAAUUAUUCAAAUAUUCCUCAGAGUAAUUGAGAAAUUACCGCGAUUUCAGCGCACUUUCAUUAUUUUAUGGGGGAAUAGUCAUUUCUCAUUGGAAUUACACCGGCAAUAUCUCCUUACAUCAAUUCAAUUUGAGUAGGAGGAGAAUAAAAAUUGGGCUGCAGUCUUUAGAUACCCUGAUUCAAUCAAGCUGAUUAUCCCGGAUGAAAACUCGGAGUUUAUCAACGAGAGAGAUAUUUUUCUACGCAUUGUCGAGUGAGGAAAAUAAAAUAAAGGAAACACCAGUGAAAUUGUGUGACGUACGGGGGAUAGAUUUUUAAGAAAAAUUCAUGAGUCAAAUUUUUUUCGGCUGCUAGUGAAUUUUUGUCGAAUUUAUUCAAAUUUUGAUACAAAUCAUUAGAAAUCUGAAUUUUUCAGGUUGAGACCACGAUUUGGGUAAUUUGACGAAAAAAUUAAGGGAAAUUAAUAUAAAAAUGUCUGAAAAUCUCUUUUCGAAAUUUUUCGAAGAAAAAACAGCCACAAAUUCGACUGGAGCAGCACUUGAAUUUUUCUAAACAAUUUCUCUCCGUGUAUGCAAAAAAAAAAAACAAUUCUUUCUCUAAUAAUUAAUGAGCCUGAUUUAGUUUUCGGUCACUGAGUACGGGAAUGGGUGUGCCCUCGAGAGGACAUGAAAUAAAUAGCCCUAGCCUAGUUAUAAUUUGAAUAAAAAGAGGAACGUGGACGAAAAAUUUCGCCUAACCCAGAGAAUCAGCCAUGAAUCAGCCAGGGCGAGAGCAGUGGACGAGAAAUAAAGAAUAAUAAAUGGUUAAUAAUAAAAUACGAUUCCUCGACAUAGUACAAAGCAUAAAAACAAAGGAAAAAAAUAAUGAUCUUUCCCAAUAGUGUUACGAAAAUGAAAGAGAGACAAUUAGAAACAGCCUAUAAGAAUGACAGGAGUCUUGCCUUGUAUUUUUCAUUUCGUUGAAACUAGAAUGGUCUCGAAAUUCUCCCUCAUUUUUUCACAGCUGCAACAAACGUGCAACAAAAUAAAUUCCAAUAAUUUAUCACACCAAAUGUCUGAUUCAUCCAAAUCAAAAGAGCUGAAGAAAAAAAAACUGUAAUAUAGAUGAGCCACAUGUCUAAGGACCCUAGCGUUUUAUUUUUAUAUAGAGAGCACGUGAAGAGCAUCAGAAUUCCAAUGAAAAAAUUUUCAAACAAGGGAGAAAUCGAAAGAGAUGCGAAAUUAAAAAAAUUGGCGAGAACGAUUAACAUAAUUUUUUUCAUUGCUGCUAUAUGUAAUAAUCCGUACAUGGUAUAUUCGUAUGUAUACAC